UCAGCAAUCAUAGCAUCGAUGCAUUGAAAUUGCAAGAAAAUAAAAAAAAAUUAAAAUAAAUAAUAAAGAAGUUUUUUUUUAUCUUUAAACUUUAAACGUACGUCGAGUUAUCGUGUCAUUAUUGCUAUCAACAUACUAAGUAUAAGUCUGAAAGUUAAAUGUGUGUUUUAUUUGGUUUAGUGCUUACUCUCACUUAUUAAUAUAUAUAUAUAUACAUAUAUAUAUAUUUUUUUACUUUGUUUAUUCAUUAUUAUUUUAUCCCAGUUUUAAUGUUAGAAAUAUAGGAGUGGUGAAAGGACUUAAUUGUUUUUUAGUUUCUCAUGUUUUAAUUGUCUAUUGUUAUCCACAUAUAUUUUAUUUCUGUUAAGUCAUUGUGUAUAUAUAUAUACGUUGAUAUAUUUGUUAAUAAUUAAUUAAUAAUGACUACUGAGGAAAAAUUCGAUGCGGCUGUCAAUGUUAUUAGAAAUCUACCGAAAAAUGGUGCUUACCAGCCGAGUCAUGAAUUACAAUUACGUUUUUAUGCUUACUACAAACAAGCAACAAAAGGCGCAUGCCAGCAGCCAAAACCAGCAUUUUGGGAAGUCGUAAAAAAAGCUAAAUGGGAUGCUUGGAUGAAACUAGGAAACAUGAGUCGCCAGGAGGCCAUGAAUAAUUACGUCGAUGAACUGAAAAAAAUUGUUGAAACGAUGUCUUACACUGAUAAUGUGGCCAAUUUUUUAGGAAGCUUAGAUUCAUUUUAUGAAAGUGUACCCGCUGAAGAUUUAGAAUUGCUCGUCGGCCCAGUUAUUGAACGUAUACGUUCACAACCCGGUUCACCAUUAUCUGGAUCGCCAUUAGGAUCUAGAGAAACAUCACCACAAAGAGUACGCAAUUCAUCACGUCAUAUUACUAGUAGCUUGGAAACAAGCCCAGCUAGUAGUCAUAGUGCUAGUCCGUUACCACCUGAUAGUGAUGGUGAUGAAGAAGAAGAAUUUAAAGAUACUUUAGAGUCAGCACCAGUAGAAAAAUCAAUCAAAGAAUCAAAGUCUUCCACAGGACAUGUACAAUCAAAAAAAAUUACACAGGACCAAGUUAAGUCAGCAACAUUACCAUCAAAUUUAACAAACGGCCACGUUCAUAAUAAAAAAGAAGAUAAACAUAAUUUAAUGAGUAAUGAAAAACACAAUAAUCAAGAUCGCAGCAGAGCAAGAGAAAAGAAAACCGAUAGAGAUCUAAGUGAUGAUAUUAAAAAUGAACUUAUAAAUCAAAUGGCCGAGACACUGCAAACUUUACAGAAUGAUUUAGACAGGAUAAAUGGCCGUGUUAGGAGUCUAGAAGGACAAAAUUUACAAUUACUCGCUCCACAAUCGGAACGAUCAAAUAUUUACCCAAGAUGGUGGCCCCUAUCCGAUUGCUCACCAAGAAUUUUAGCAAUAAUAAUAUUGUGGCCGUUUGCAGCUCAAUUUUUAACAAACAUAAUCCGACGUUAUCGCCAACAAAGAAUUUGAUCAAAUUUAUAAUCGAUAAAUAUUUUUAUGUCUACUAUAUAAAACUAUUUCUCGAUAAAAUUAAAAAUAGAUAAAAAUAGUUUAUUAUAAAUUUUAAAAUAAAAGACAUUUAAAUAAUAAAGUUAUUAAUUGUUUACACAAAUGAAAAAUAUAAAUCAAUAAUUAUGUAAAAAAAUUUUUUUCUUUUAUAAGUUAAAUUUAUAUAUAACAAUAAUUAUUUGUAUAUAAUGAAAGAUAAAUUAUAAAACAAAUAAAUAUUAUUAUUGUUCCUCAAAUUGCUCAAAUUGUUACCGAUAAAGCUCUAAUGAGGAAUGUAAAUUUACACGGUAGCCAAUAUAUUUAAUUAUAAAUUAUAUAUUAAUAUAAAUUUUAAAAGAAAAUUAAUGUUUAAUAAUAAAUUGUCUAUAAGACGUUAAAUGUUUACUAAUAAUUUGAUAAAUUGUACAAAAAAAAUACUAUUACAUUCACAUAUAUAUUUUUCAUUAUUAGUUCUUUAAUUAUAUAUAUAAAUAAAUAUUAUCUCACGCUCUUAUUUUUUUUUCAAGUAUAAGUUUAAUUAUGUAAUGUAAAGAAAAAUUUUUAUUAUUGUUUAAUUUUUUUUUUUUGUCAAUUUUUG